UCGAAAUAGUAGCAGAGGCCUGCCUCAGUCUACGAUUUCUUUUGAUGGAAUCUAUGCAAAUAUGAGGAUGGUUCAUAUACUUACAUCAGUUGUUGGAUCCAAAUGUGAAGUACAGGUGAAAAACGGAGGUGUAUAUGAAGGAGUUUUUAAAACAUACAGUCCUAAGUGUGACUUGGUACUUGAUGCUGCACAUGAGAAAAGUUCUGAAUCUAGUUCGGGGCCAAAACGUGAAGAAAUAAUGGAGAGUAUUUUGUUCAAGUGUUCUGACUUUGUUGUGGUACAGUUUAAAGAUAUGGACUCCAGCUAUGCAAGAAGAGAUGCUUUUACAGAUUCAGCUAUUAGUGCUAAAGUGAAUGGUGAACACAAAGAGAAAGACCUGGAGCCAUGGGAUUCAGGUGAACUCACUACUAAUGAAGAACUGGAGGCUUUGGAAAAUGAUGUAUCUAAUGGAUGGGAUCCUAAUGAUAUGUUUCGUUAUAAUGAAGAAAAUUAUGGUGUAGUGUCUACAUAUGAUAGCAGUUUAUCUUCAUAUACGGUGCCCUUAGAGAAGGAUAAUUCAGAAGAAUUUUUAAAACGGGAAGCAAGGGCAAAUCAGUUAGCAGAAGAAAUUGAAUCAAGUGCCCAGUACAAAGCCCGGGUGGCCCUGGAAAAUGAUGAUAGGACCGAAGAAGAAAAAUAUACAGCAGUUCAGAGAAAUUCCAGUGAACGUGAGGGCCACAGCAUUAACACUAGGGAAAAUAAAUAUAUUCCUCCUGGACAAAGAAAUAGAGAAGUCAUAUCCUGGGGAAGUGGGAGACAGAAUUCACCACGUAUGGGCCAGCCUGGAUCAGGCUCCAUGCCAUCAAGAUCCACCUCUCACACUUCAGAUUUCAACCCGAAUUCUGGUUCAGACCAAAGAGUAGUUAAUGGAGUUUUUAUACUUUCCUUCAUAUCAUUUGUUCUGUCAGGUGUUCCCUGGCCAUCGCCUUGCCCAUCUCCUUCCUCUCGCCCACCUUCUCGCUACCAGUCAGGUCCCAACUCUCUUCCACCUCGGGCAGCCACCCCUACACGGCCGCCCUCCAGGCCCCCCUCGCGGCCAUCCAGACCCCCGUCUCACCCCUCUGCUCAUGGUUCUCCAGCUCCUGUCUCUACUAUGCCUAAACGCAUGUCUUCAGAAGGACCUCCGAGGAUGUCCCCAAAGGCCCAGCGACACCCUCGAAAUCACAGAGUUUCUGCUGGGAGGGGUUCCAUUGCCAGCGGCCUUGAGUUUGUCCCCCACAGCCCAGCAAGUGAAGCAGCUGCUCCUCCAGCAGCAAGGAGCGGUCCGGCGGGGGGCACGUGGUCCUCGGUGGUCAGCGGGGUUCCAAGAUUAUCCCCCAAAACUCACAGGCCCAGGUCUCCCAGACAGAACAGUGUUGGACAUUCUCCUAGUGGGCCGGUUCUUGCUUCUCCCCAAGCUGGUAUUAUUCCAACUGAAGCUGUUGCCAUGCCUGUUCCAGCUGCAUCUCCCACACCGGCCAGUCCUGCAUCCAACAGAGCUGUUACCCCUUCUGUGGAGGCUAAGGAUUCCAGGCUUCAAGAUCAGAGACAGAACUCUCCGGCCGGCAAUAAAGAAAACAUGAAGGCAAAUGAGUCUUCUCCCAGUUUUUCAAAAACUGAAAAUAAAGGUGUAUCACCAGUUGUUUCUGACCAUAGGAAACAGAUUGAUGAUUUAAAGAAAUUUAAGAAUGAUUUUAGGUUACAGCCAAGUUCUACUUCUGACUCUAUGGAUCAAUUGCUAAACAAAAAUAGAGAGGGAGAAAAAUCAAGAGAUUUGAGCAAAGACAAAAUUGAACCAAAUGUUAAGGAUUCUUUCAUUGAAAAUAACAGCAGCAACUGUACCAGUGGAAGCAGCAAGCCCAGCAGCCCCAGCGUGUCCCCUUCGAUCCUUAGUAGCUCGGAGCACAAGAGGGGACCUGAAGUCACAUCCCAGGGGGUUCAGACUUCCAGCCCAGGAUGUAAACAAGGAAAAGAUGACAGAGAGGACAAGAAAGAUGCAGCUGAGCAAGUGAGGAAAUCAACACUGAAUCCCAAUGCAAAGGAGUUUAACCCUAGGUCUUUUUCUCAGCCAAAGCCUUCUACCACCCCAACUUCACCUCGUCCUCAAGCACAACCUAGCCCAUCUAUGGUGGGUCAUCAGCAGCCAACUCCAGUUUAUACUCAACCUGUUUGUUUUGCACCAAAUAUGAUGUAUCCAGUACCAGUGAGCCCAGGCGUGCAACCUUUAUACCCUAUACCUAUGACGCCCAUGCCAGUGAAUCAAGCCAAGACAUAUAGAGCAGGUAAAGUUCCAAAUAUGCCCCAACAGCGGCAAGACCAGCAUCAUCAGAGCACCAUGAUGCACCCAGCCUCAGCAGCAGGCCCACCAAUUGUGGCCACCCCACCAGCUUACUCCACACAGUAUGUUGCCUACAGCCCUCAGCAGUUUCCAAAUCAGCCUCUUGUUCAGCACGUGCCACAUUAUCAGUCUCAGCACCCACAUGUGUACAGCCCUGUCGUGCAGGGCAGCGCCAGGAUGGUGGCGCCCCCAGCGCACGCCCAGCCUGCGUUAGUGUCGUCCUCAGCAGCUCAGUACGGGGCGCAUGAGCAGACGCAUGCGAUGUAUGUUUCCACUGGCUCUCUUGCUCAGCAGUACGCGCACCCUAAUGCCACCCUGCAUCCACAUACUCCACAUCCUCAACCUUCAGCAACCCCCACUGGACAGCAGCAAAGCCAGCAUGGGGGAAGUCAUCCUGCACCCAGUCCUGUCCAGCAUCAUCAGCACCAGGCCGCCCAGGCUCUGCAUCUGGCCAGUCCUCAGCAGCAGUCAGCCAUUUACCACGCAGGGCUGGCUCCAACUCCGCCUUCCAUGACACCUGCCUCCAAUACGCAGUCACCACAGAAUAGCUUCCCAGCGGCACAGCAGACGGUCUUUACAAUUCAUCCUUCUCACGUUCAGCCUGCAUACACCAAUCCACCCCACAUGGCCCACGUACCUCAGGUAAACCAACUUUAACCAACUUUCUGUGAAGAUAAGUGGAAAAUGAAGGUUAUCAGAUAAACCACAAAGAGCCAGAUGCUCUCCAGGCUAGGAGACCCUGUGUGUGAUACUAUUCUCCUGUCUUCCUUUUCCUGCUCAAAUCCAUGUGAUCUGGCCCUAAAUGAAUGCUUGUGUGGUUUCGUGAUAGAACAGUGAAGUUGGUUAGUCCUUUAACGCUUCCCAGCUGAGACCUUAAAAAUAUCGUUUGACUCUGGAAUGCAACCUAGCCCUUUCCUUUCUAUGUCUGCUUUGCUGUGCUUGUGUACCUUAGUUACU